AAGAGUUCCAUAAAUAUACUUCCGGUGUAACAGGGAAAAUGUCGAUUCUGACUGGAGACGAAGUAAAGAGCGAAAUCGAGGGGCAUCAGGAAGUACAGGGUAAUGAAGUAGAGGGUGAGGAAGUGAACACCGAGUUAGAUAAAUACUGGAAAGCAGUGAGGGACAACCCAGGGGAUUUCACAGGCUGGACAUACCUCCUUCAGUAUGUGGAACAAGAAAAAAAGCUAGAUCAAGCCAGAAAAGCAUAUGAUGCAUUCUUCGAGCAUUAUCCAUACUGUUAUGGCUACUGGAAGAAAUAUGCAGAUAUGGAAAGAAAACAAUCGGGACCAGAGAAGGCAAUGGAGGUAUUUGAGAGAGGUACACAAGCAAUUUCUUUAAGUGUAGAACUUUGGUUACAUUACAUAAACUUCUACACAGAAGAAUAUGGAAAAUUGGAGAAUGGAGAGGAAGGAAUCAGAGGAAUCUAUGAGAAAGCUGUUGCAGCAUGUGGUAAAGAUUUCCGAUCAGACAAACUCUGGGACACAUACAUAUCCUGGGAGGAAAACCUGAUCAGUAAAACAGCUCUUUAUGACAGAAUUUUACAGAUUCCAACACAGCUCUAUAGUCAUCAUUUUGAAAAUUUUAAACAUCAUGUAUUGUCACAUCAUCCAAAAGAAAUCCUUACCCUGGACAACUUUCUCCAGCUUAGGAAGGAGGUUGUGGUGGGGACAUCUGAGUUAAAUCCAGAGGAGGAGGCUGCUGGGGAUGAUGGGCCCCCGGGGGUGAUAGGACCACCAGGGGAGGAGGCACCUCCUGGCAUGGAAGUGGAAGGAGAUAAAACUGAUGAUGACGAGGCAGGAAAGCUCAGGGACAGAAUUAUAAGCAUAAGAGAAGAAAUAUUUAAAAAGACUGAAGAUGAAGUGAGCAAGAGAUGGAAUUUUGAGGAAGCUAUUAAAAGGCCAUAUUUCCAUGUGAAACCCCUCGAGAAGUCUCAACUGAAAAACUGGAAGGAGUAUCUUGACUUUGAGAUUGAAGCUGGUGAUCACGAGAGGGUUGUAAUUCUAUUUGAGAGGUGUAUGAUUGCUACUGCUUUGUAUGAAGAUUUUUGGCUCAAGUAUGCAAAAUAUAUGGAGGACCAUAGUAUUGAAGCAGUACGGCUUGUAUAUAUGAGAGCAUGCAGAAUCCAUCUACCAAAGAAACCAUACAUUAGCUUAGCAUGGGCAGCAUUUGAGGAAAGGCAUGGGAACUAUGAUCUAGCAUCACAGAUACUGUCAGACUUGGAUAAGAAUGUACCUGGGUUGGUGAUGGUUAACAUGAGGAAAAUCAGCUUGGAAAGAAGGAAGGGGAACACCGCCAUGGCAGAGGCCCUGUUUCAAGAGUACAUCAACAAUGCAAGCCAGCCAGAAAUUGCCUCCUUCUUCUCCAUCAAGUUUGCCCGCUAUCUCUUAAAGAUUAUUGGAGAUACUGAACGGGCACGUACCACUCUUCAGUCAGCUGUAGAAAAAGAUAGGGGCAACAUUAAACUCUACCUGCAGCUGUUAGAUCUGGAGUACCAAUUACGACCAAUCAGUGAGGAGAGAGUCAUCCAAAUAUUUGCCUCUAUCCUGGACUGUGAGAACUUCCCUCUGGAAACCAAAGCCAAGAUGUCUCAGCGCAAGCUUGAGUUCUUGGAGGACUUCUGUGCCAGCAUCACAACUUUGAAGGAAUCUUAUGAUGAACAUCAGAGACUGAUGAAGGAACUUCACAAUGAAAGGAAGAAGAGAUCUCAUGAUGGUGCGACUAAUGAUGAACCUUUGGAUAAAAAACAAAAAGUGGAAGGAACACAGAAUGGAUCUGGAGACCCAAGCCAAAUGGCAGGAAUGGAUCCUUAUUAUGGUCACUGGGGAUCUUAUGCAAAUAGUGGUUAUUCCUAUCCUCAUCAGCAGUGGGGUUAUGGUCAGCAUUACUAUCCAUCGUGAAAGAUGUUAACCAUAUUUCUUCAUCAACUUUAUUCAUCACUCACCAGAUUUUACGUGAUUUUUGUGAUUGAAUUCAUGAUCAUGAACAAUAUUUUUCUUGUGCUUCAACAAAAUUUCCUUGUUAAGAACCAUAUUUGUGAACAACAAGAUCGAUGCCACCAAUCAUAUACUGAACUUAGUUAGAUCUUCAUAUUUUGUUGUGUUGAUAAUCUUUUUUUAAUCUGUAUUGAUGCCAGCAUCAUGAUUGUUAUGGCUAUGAAAUAAUGUUUUGAUGUAUUAAGUAAUUCACUAAUUAAAUAGUGGAGUUGGU